ACCAUUUGCUGGCAAUAAGUGGAUGACAGCCAGAGAGCAACAAAUGUUUAAUAAUUAUACAAAUAGUUGUGUUUAACAGAUAAUAAUUUACAGUAAAGUAUACGAUUAAAUAUUAAAAAGUGCAUUAUUUGCGUACCCGUAAUGAACUAACAGUAAAGUGUCAUACAGUGCGCCAAAUCAUAUCAACAAAUACACUGUACAUAUCGUACGAUUAAUAUGGCACUCAAUAAGUGUACGAUUAUUUACGAGAAUUAUAAAUGAAAAACAAAUAUUGAUUUAUUUUUGUGGUUAAUUAAAGGAUUGUUUUUUUGCGAAACUAUUUAUUAUCAUUACGUGAAUUGAAGUGAUCAUCAGAAAAACAAUUCAUUUUAAAUGUUGAAAUUAAUUUUGCUUAUUGUGUUUGCCAUACAAUUGAGUACAAGUGCCGCAAAUGUGGCCACCGGUUGCGAUAAUAAUGAAAACAACAAUCACGUGACCCCAUCAAUAGCCUACCCUAAUCUACACAAGCGAUCAUUUAGUCUGAAUCCUGUGUUUGCAUUCUUGAAGGCGUUGGGCGCCCGUCGGGCCAAACAGGUGUACGACAACAUCAGGCAUGGGGUGAAAAACGCGUUCACGUGUUACUCGUGCGAAACGGUUAUGUCUUUAGCAAAACUGUCGGUCUAUUCUGUGGGUGAACUCAAUUACCUGAUGGCCGGAGUGUGCGAGUCGUUUAGGUUUGAAGACAGGAGGGUAUGCUCCGGGCUGUCCGACCUAUUCUCGGAACAACUCUACUACAUACUGAGGCACACAAAUUUGACCAAGAGCCAACUGUGCGCCACUCUCAUAGGCGCUGAAUGCCUGUCCAAACCCUGUGCCGAUCGACACGAAUGGCUUAUAGAGUUGGACACCAACUACACCACUGUCCCAGUGGUUAACACUGACCCUCAAAUCUACCGUAUGCUACACCUGUCGGACCUGCACAUUGACCCCUACUAUAGCCCGGGCGCGCACAGCGACUGCGGCGAACCCCUGUGCUGUCGGGCCAGCAGUGCAAAGGGUAAGACCACAGCCGGCCAUUGGGGCGACUAUCAGGCCUGCGAUUCGCCGAAGUAUACCAUUGAAAAGCUCAUGUCGUAUAUCAACGCCACGUUUCCGGCCGACCACUACCGGUACGUGAUCUGGACGGGCGAUAUCACUGCACACGAUGUCUGGAAUACCACCAGAGAUACCAUUGUCAACGGUUCCCGUGCUCUCACAUCACUGAUUACUACAUAUAUAGCGCCCGGAAGACUAGUGUUUCCAGUGGUAGGCAAUCACGAGGGACUCCCCGUUAAUCAGUUCCCGCCGCCCGAUAUCAAGGGUUUGUUGUCUAAUGACUGGCUAUACCGGGAACUGUUGGCCCAGUGGUCACAAUGGAUACCUGAAGAGUAUCACCAGAUGUUCCGUACGUAUGGGUGCUAUGCCAGGCAGGUGUCAAAAUUGUUCAAAGUGGUCGUGUUGAACACUAAUUAUUGCGCCCGUAUUAACUUCUGGCUGAUGUAUAACCCAAACGACCCUGGUCAACAGUUGAAGUGGUUGGUCAGGGAGUUGGCCGCAGCUGAGGCAAGCGGCCAGUCGGUCCAUAUUAUUGGUCACAUACCGCCCGACAAUACACAGUGUAUAUCACAAUUUGUUCACAACUAUCUACGGAUUGUUCAACGAUAUAAUGAGACAAUUAAGGGCCAGUUUUUUGGUCAUACUCAUUUUGAUGAGUUUAGGGUAAUGUAUGCGCCUAAUAAUGCAUCCGUGCCAACCGGUGUCGCAUAUCUCGCCCCCAGUGUUACGCCAUAUGAGAAAGUUAACCCGGCGUUUAGAUUUUACACCGUUGACUCGGCGGUUAGUAUUAAAUGA